UAUUAUUGUUCAGCUGUGAGACUGCAGCAGCUGACUGAACAGGGAGGAGCUGUGAAACUUUCUAACAGGCUGGUUCUUUUGCUCAUGUUAACAUUCUCACUGUUUCGUCUUCGACCACGCGUAAACAAACAAGUGCGAGCAGAAAAGCUUCUACGCGUUGACUUGGGGACAUUUUGGAAACCAUUAACGCGAGACGAGUCAGUGUUUACUACAAUGUCAAGCUGGAGGAAUCACGUGUGCACAAGCCUGCAACAGAGAGACAGAAAAGAGAAAAUCCCAUACGCCGGCGUUUUCACGUGCUUGUCUCAGCUGGAGGAGCGUUAUGAAAUUCGCACGCACAUUUUGGACGAUGUUCUGUGUAAGAGUUUAGGGCGAGGUGAUGUUGACGUGGGAAAAGACUCAAGACUCCUUCAACUCCAACUGAGAGAGAGUGAACACGUGCAAGAAAAGCUCUCUCAGACUGUCUCUGACCUGACCACCGUCCUGUAUCUGAAAGAAGCUGAACUGCAGUACAGGCAGGCACGCGUGUCCCUCUUCCGCCAAGAGGCUCUUUCUCUGGCUAGAAGAAGCAACACCCAAAGGGCGUCCCUUUCAGAUUUAGAGCACACCCUGGAGUGCCAAUCCAAAGAGUUGGCAGAUCUGCAUGAAGAGGUGAGAGGACUUAAAAAAGCGCUGGCACAGGCGCGGCAAGAGAAUGAAGAACUCUUACAACGUUGGAUGGAGGAGAAGAGGGUGGAGGCAGACCGACUGAAUAAGUACAACGACACGCAGGAGAGGUGGCAGCGUUUGGCGAAACAGCUGAAGAAGCAACUCCGCAUCGAAAUUGGAAAGGAGUAUGCUCCCAUAGUGACGAACUCUUGGAACGGUCAGUCCGAAAUGCUUCCUACGGCCAUUCACUGGAUCAACAAUACAUCAGAGAUCCGGCUGACACAUUCAGACCGUGAGCGCGUCUCAACUGUAACACAAGUCUGAUACUCUCAUGGGAUUCUGGAAACGUCAGCGUUUAGCACAAGGAUUACCUCUCUAACCGUUUCCCUGGUACUUGUAGGUAGAAGAACAACAAAUUGCUCGAUGGGAUGACAGAAUGAUGACCAAUAUAGCAAACCUGUUAACUUGAAGUGUUGUAACAAAUGUUUUUUUUAUUAUCUUAACCUGAUUUUUUUUAUGGAUCUACCACUAUAUACUGUCUAUGUAUUGUUUACUUUACAUGCCUAAUUUUACACUUGCUUGAGCUUGAACUGAAUUUGAGCCUCCUUUGUCCCAUGUACGGUCAAUUACACUCCAUCUUACUUACUCACUGGACUUUGCCCUGAUUGACAAAAAGCAAAAUAUAUUUUUUUAAUAAUCCUUCCAAAUGUUUUUUCUUUCCCGCUUAUCACUUACAUUUGAUAAGUUGGUGUUUUUUUUUAACUUUAAUUGUUGUUUUGUGGAGAAACUGAAUAAUGAAUAAUCAGAAUUUAUGUUAAAAUUAUUGUAAAACACAUUUUAAAUAAUCUUUGAUAAUUAACAUGUCUUUUGAAAAUGGAAAAAGCUAUAUGUCAGAUGGAUAUAUAUGUUAUUGUAUAGUAUAGUAUUGAUGUUUUUCUGUAUUGCCCUGAAAAAUAAAGUCCCUCAUAAGCUAAUUUUGUUUGAAAA